AACUCAUUAUCACUUAAAAGAACCCGUAGUUUAAAAUAUUCCAGAUCUUAACUUGAAGAAAUACCCACAUAUGCUCAGAUCCUUCCGCCUCUGUGAAAUUUUCUACCUCAAACUGAUGCCGGCGGCGCCUCGUGUUAAUGCAAACCUAUUUGGUUAAGCCUUUCGCGGACCCUUUUUGAGAAACCUACAAAAUUUUACAUACCCAUUAAUGAAUUCGACGCCAUAAACCUUACACAGGAGCUACAAAUUAUUUAAAUAAACUCUGGCUGAAAGGCGGUCAGUGAUGGAAAAUCGGUUCAGAAUUGAAUGUAAUUAAAACCCUUGGCGUGAAACAAAGGACAGCCUUUACAGCUGUAAAUGUUUUUGCAGGCCAAAAAGGAUAUGACAAUAGCUACCAGCCAAAAAACAACAAAUACCACCCAGUGCACAGGGAGAAAUUUGUUGGAAAUACGUAUUUAUAAAAAACAAGAGAACUUUAAUAUAAGAAAAAAACAAUAAAAUGUAGGGAUGAACAAAACUCAUGCACCAUUACCUUUUAUAUUUAAUAUAAAAAUUAAUAAAUAAAAAAUAUUGUACAAACCCAAGUAAAAAAUAAUAUUAUAAUAAUUAAAAGUAAUAUAUGAGCUGUAGAAUAGUUUUAUUGCAUGUGAUAUUGCAAUAUUUUAUUUUUUUUCAUCCUUUUAUUUACGAAGGAUACUGUAAUUUCUCUCCGUGUUAAGGACUUUAUAGCGUUGUCAAGACAACCCACAUUGCCAUCGACACCGACAAUGGCCAAAGCAAUUGACAACUUUUGCAGCAGCAGCAGGUAAGCAAGGAAAAGCAGCCAAAACAAAACGGAAAACGCUGGGAAAAACCCAAUAUUUCGGCAUUAAGAAAUAUACGCGGUGAAAGGAAACAAGGACGACGCCUUGGCACCUGCAAAAGGAGCGGAAAAUUGCAAGACAAGUGCUGUGCGGAUUUUCGCGGAAAACCAGGAAGUGGGCAGAAAAAAGGAAGAAGGACCUCAAAGGAACUGAAUAGCUCGAGAGUAUACUCACAGCUGGAGAGCUAUUUUGAAUCUGAAUCCCGGGCAGAGCUGGCCAUGAACUUCUACGACGAGGAGAUCACAAUCAACGGACCCGACUCCAAGCACCUCAGCAGUGUCCAAAUGGACCCGCGGAAUGCCGUCCCAGGUGGCGGAAGAGGUGGUGCCGCAGGGGGAGCAGAUGGAGGAGGUGCUGCUGGUGCUUCGCAAAGAGCAGCCGCAGGCAGGCAUCGUCGAAUGCAAUUUCAAAACAACUCCACUGAUGACGAUGGCCUCCUGCAGGACAUCAUUGAUCACGAUGACGAGGCGGAGGACAGCGACGAUGACGACGAUAGCGAGAUGCAGUUGCCCCAAGGCAUGACCAUGGGCGUGGGAAUGACGGGUCUGGUUCCACGAACCCAAAAGCGACCAGAUAGCACUCGCAAUUCCAAGCAGUCGCAGGACGAUCCCAUGAGCUCCGGCAGCGAUGAGGCAGCCGGCGGUGGAAUGGGAUCUGGAGGUGCCAGGGGAGGAACAGGAGCAACCCGUUUGCCCCACCAAAAGUUAAACCUUCCCAUGAGGAGCAGUGCCGGUAGAUCCGAGCGGCAGGAGGAGCAGCCCUUCAGCAUUGGUCCGGAAAAGUGGGAGGAUCUAACCCUGCCUGGGGAGCUCAAGGACCUGUUUCCCUAUAUCCUGAAGUACACACCACAAACGAUCGAUACACCGUUCCAUCUGCAACCCUUUAUCCCUGAAUUUGUGCCCGCCGUGGGCGAUGUGGAUGCUCUGCUAAAGGUCCAGGCUCCUCCCCUCCUUCAGCCUCAGCGUCAAAGAGAACUCGAUGAGCACCUGGAGAGAUUAGGCUUGUGGCUGCUGGACGAGCCCUCGGGAACUCAGUCGGAGCCAUCUCUUCUGAAUAUGAAGUUAAGAUCGGUGCUAAGUGGCAGUAUGGGGCGUAAUCCCCGACACGCCUCCUCGGCUUCGCUGAUUCCCACAGCUCGAUCGGGCAAGGAUAUUGAUAAGUGGAUCUCGGAGGUGGAACAGGUGCAUAUGACUCAAUCUAUGUACGAUGCUCAGCCCCGAAAGGAUAUCGAUGCUCUUUUGGAAGAUUGGCCAAGAUCUUACGGCGAUGAGGAGACAAAGAAUGCCUUGGAUCAGGCGUACAGAUCCUGUCUACAGCAGAAUAUAUCCUUGGCGGAUUAUGUGAGAGUGCUGUGCGAGAGGUUUGGGGUGGAGGGACCGCUGGAAUCGCAAGCUGACUAUAUACACAAUGUCCAGACACUUUUUGCUCUCUAUUUGGCUGCGAGUCAAGCAUGGGAGUAA